CUAGGUUAGAUAACGUUAAGUGGUAGAUGAACAUUGUACAAUACACAAUAUAUUUUUAUGUCGAAUCAUAGCAAUGUGAGAAAGAACAUAGCGGAGGCUGGUAGUAGAUUUAGUGUUACCAUUAUCAGGAGCAGCGGCCGUUACAACACAGUAAGCAGCAGAAUUAGCAGUUGCGGUUGCUGUCGCCGGAGAGGCAGGACCAGCUCUGUAUUAGACAGAGUUCGGAUACAUUUAAGCAAUUACCUCUUGUUUCGAUAUUUUUUCAGGAGUAAACGGAAACAUUCAGUUUGUGAACGAAAAAUUUAGUACCUUUACCGUUACAGAAAAAGCUGUUCGCCAACAUGGAUAGUUCUAAUAGUUCUGAUAGCGACUUCAGUGGGAACUGUGCUAAAGAUAUGUCUUAUUCUUCUUUACAAGAAAUCCCUGAUGAUAUUUUGGAUAAAUCAUUCAAACUUAGGGCCCUGUCUCUUUCCCACAAUCAACUUUCACCUUGCCUCGGUCCAAAAAUAGCUGGAUUUAAGAACUUAAUUAAACUCGAUAUCAGCAACAACAAUCUCUCACGAUUAUCGGAAGAUUUUCAUCAUCUAGUGAAGCUUCGUACACUUAUAGCUCGAAAUAAUCAGUUUAAUACUGAAGGAAUUGGUAAAUCUCUCUCGUCUCUUAAAAAUCUUGAGGAUAUCAACAUGUCCGGCAACCAGUUCACCGAGAUUCCACCCUGCUUUCUCAAAUUGUGUAGACUUCGAUACUUACAUAUGGGUGCAAAUCAAAUUCGAGAACUUCCCAGUCAAGUAAAAGAACUCACACACCUUGAAGUGCUGUAUAUUGGAGGUAACCAGUUAACUGAGAUACCUGCUGAAGUUGGAUGUCUCACUAAACUUAACACACUUGCACUCUGUGAUAACAAAAUACAUACUCUGCCUCGAAGUCUUGGUCAGCUGCAUAAAUUAAGAACUCUCAGCCUCCACAACAAUCGAAUUUCUAUGCUACCUCAAGAGAUAGUUUCUCUCAAUUUAAUUGAACUUAGUCUACGAAAUAAUCCUCUUGUUGUUCGUUUUGUGAAAGAUCUAGUUUGCGAUCCUCCUUCCUUAUUGGAGCUGGCAGGAAGGACAAUAAAAGUUGAAAAAGUUAAAUAUGAUGUAGGUGAUAUGCCUCAGAACCUUCACCAAUAUCUUGAAUCUGCUAAAAGAUGUGUUAACCCAAAAUGUAAAGGUGUUUACUUUUCAUCACGUUUUGAAAGUGUGAACUUCGUUGACUUUUGUGGCAAGUAUCGUUUGCCCUUGUUACAGUACUUGUGUACUCCAAGAUGUACCACAUCACAGCCAUCAGUGCGAGGUAACAGUGACACAGACACAGAUGAAGAAGAUGUAGCUAAUGGAAUCAUGAAGAAAGUUCUUUUAGGAUAAAUAUUUACAAAUUGUUAAUAUUUUACCCCUUUGCAUUUGAUUUAAUCUCACUGCCAUUGGAUGUUCAAAAUAUUUAAGACAUCCUCCCUGCAUGUCACAAAAACCAUUUCAUGAAAAUCAAAGUUUAUUGAACUGUAUUUUUCAAAUAAUCUAUCUUUGAUUAAAUAUCUUAUAACUGAAAAAGAAAAAGGGAAAAAAACAACAAAACCUUUUGAAUAUAUAAUUUUAUCUUGUGUUAUUUUAUUCUGCAGGCUGGUCCUCUGUCAGAUUUGUCUUUAGUUCUGUAAUAAUACACAGAAAAAAAAAGUUAGUUAACACCAUAAAGAGUAAAUUUUCUUUCUAAAUUUACACAUAGCAACAACUAAGAAAAUUCAGGGGAAAAAAAUCGAUAUUUCAUGUUUUGCCUUUUUAUGUCCUGUGAAUUUUCAAAAAUGUCACAACUAGAAACCAUUUUUAUCUCAGGUAAAAAAUUUUUUUAAAUACUAAACAUUUAAUGAUUUACCAUUGACUAAUUUGAACCUGGUUGCUGGCCUGAGUGUUAUGUAGAAAAGCAUAUCACUUGAACAGCUACAUCAUUUAUAACAUAUUACUGCUGGUUGUAUGUGUCGUUCUCUAAUAUAUAUAUAUAUAUAUAUAUAUAUAUAUCUCGGAGUGGUUAGCAUUAGGAAUGGCAUCCAGCUGUAGAAACUCUGCCAAAUCAGAUUGGAACCUGGUGUAACCACCUGGUUCACCAGUCCUCAGUCAAAUCGUCCAACCCAUGCUAGCAUGGAAAGAAAUGUUGAUGAUGAUGAUAUAUAUACAUAUAUAGAGACAGACAGACAGAUACUCUACAUAAGUAAAUAUGUUGUUCUAAAUUACCUCUAGCUAAAUUUAUUGAAAUAAAUAGGAAAGUCAGUUUGUGUUAAUACUUCCCAACAUGUAAGCGUCUGCAAUUUUUGUGUAAUGCUGCUGCAACCAAGCUUCAUUUUCUUAUUCAAGUCUAGUUACCUAUAGAGAUGAAGUUGUUGAGUCAGCAGUUGCAUGACCUGCUAGAAAAUAGUAACCAAAUUUUCUAAUCACACCCUACUAUUUUAAGUAUACUACACUGAACAAUCUAGUCUCUCAUAUACAACAAAAGUGUGGGAUGGUUGCAACUAAAAUGCCUUGGAUCAUAGGUUUGCUCAAUCAGGGCUGACUUGGGGUUAAACUACAACUUUAGGAGUUGUGAAAAGCAGACACAUACACACAAUCAUGCAGUUAAUAUUUAAGAGACCAUCUUCAAAAAUAAUUUUUGCCUUUCAUAUUUAUUUUUCUAAAUAUAUCUUCAUAUGUCAUCAAAAUUCAGCGAUUUUAUUGCAUUUGAUUUACUGAAGAAAGUGAAUACAAAUCAACUGAAUGAAUGCUGUUAUUAAAAAGAAAAUGAUUUGUUUAUAUAGUAAUUUACCUGUUAUAACUUGUCUAAUUAUAUUACUUUUAAAAAUCCAAUAAUAUUUAAUUUUAUUUAUUUAUAAAAAGAAAUGAAUUUAAAUAAAGUAUUUACAACAGA